AUUUUUUUUAAUGUAUAGUUCAUAGCCACUGCAUAGCCUGUGCUUUAAUUACUCCAUAGACUUGCCUUGAUAUGAUUUGUUAUUACAGUUAAACUGCUUAGGGAUUACACCUUUUACCCAACUGCUUUUCAGUAUUUAUAUAAAGGCAUUCUUUAAAAAAAUCUGAGUAAAGAAAACAAUGUGAAAACAAGUUGAGUCGAGCUAGGGAUUUUUAAAUGAUUGUUGAAAUAAAAGAUUUUAGCAUGAUUGAAAGAAAUGACUGAUGUGUGGGGGGAUAACUUUUCUAAGUUGUUUUUAUUUCCAGGUUUCAAUGUAAUUAGGCUACUGAGCGGAUCAGCUGUAGCUCUGGUAAUAGCCCCUACUGUAUUACUGACAAUGCUUUCUUCUGCUGAACGAGGAUGCCCUAAGGGCUGUAGGUGUGAAGGCAAAAUGGUAUAUUGUGAAUCUCAGAAAUUGCAGGAGAUUCCCUCAAGUAUAUCUGCUGGUUGUUUAGGUUUGUCCCUUCGAUAUAACAGCCUCCAAAAACUAAAAUACAAUCAAUUUAAAGGUCUUAAUCAACUCACCUGGCUCUAUUUAGACCAUAACCACAUCAGCAAUAUUGACGAAAAUGCUUUCAGUGGAAUACGCAGACUAAAAGAGUUGAUCUUGAGUUCCAACAGAAUCUCCUAUUUUCUUAAUAAUACCUUCAGACCUGUGACAAAUCUCCGGAAUUUGGAUCUGUCAUACAAUCAGCUGCAGUCUCUGGGAUCUGAACAGUUCAGGGGCUUAAGGAAGCUGCUGAGUUUACAUUUGCGAUCCAAUUCCCUAAGAACCAUCCCUGUUCGGAUAUUUCAAGACUGUAGGAACCUUGAACUGUUGGACCUGGGUUAUAAUCGCAUCCGAAGUUUAGCAAGGAAUGUCUUUGCAGGCAUGAUCAGACUGAAAGAGCUUCAUCUGGAGCACAAUCAAUUUUCUAAGCUCAACCUGGCACUUUUUCCAAGGCUAGUCAGCCUUCAGAACCUUUAUUUACAGUGGAAUAAAAUCAGUGUGAUAGGACAAACUAUGUCCUGGACCUGGAGCUCAUUACAAAGACUUGAUUUAUCUGGCAAUGAAAUAGAAGCUUUCAGCGGACCUAGUGUUUUUCAGUGUGUGCCCAAUUUACAGCGCCUCAACUUGGAUUCAAACAAGCUCACAUUUAUUGGUCAAGAAAUUUUGGAUUCUUGGAUAUCUCUCAAUGACAUCAGCCUUGCUGGGAAUAUAUGGGAAUGCAGCAGAAACAUUUGCUCUCUGGUAAACUGGCUUAAAAGUUUUAAAGGGCUGAGGGAAAAUACAAUUAUUUGUGCCAGCCCCAAAGAGCUGCAAGGGGUGAAUGUUAUUGAUGCAGUGAAAAACUACAGCAUCUGUGGCAAAAGCACCACGGAAAGGUUUGAAUUAGCACGAGCUCUCCCAAAGCCAACGUUUAAACCAAAACUCACCAGGCCUAAACACGACAGCAAGCCCCCUCUGCCCCCAACUAUUGGAGCCACUGAAUCAAGCUCUGAAUCCGAGCACGACACAGAACACAUCUCCUUCCAUAAAAUCAUAGCAGGCAGCGUGGCCCUUUUCUUGUCUGUGCUUGUGAUCCUGCUGGUAAUCUAUGUGUCAUGGAAGCGUUACCCAGCCAGUAUGAAGCAGCUGCAGCAGCGCUCUCUCAUGCGAAGGCACAGGAAAAAGAAAAGACAGUCACUGAAGCAAAUGACUCCAAGCACACAGGAAUUUUAUGUAGAUUACAAACCUACCAACACUGAAACCAGUGAGAUGCUGCUGAAUGGAACAGGACCCUGCACGUAUAACAAAUCAGGCUCCAGGGAAUGUGAGGAGCUAAGGACAUCACUAUCUAGGUCUGAAAACACAGAAGACUGGGAAUAUAAUAGAAAAAAAAAUAUCUUUAAGAUAAGCAAAGCUCCCGCAAAUCCAAGACUCUUCCUCCUGCCCCGGGGAGCACAGACAGGAUAACGAACAGGAUUUCAUGCAAGAGAACCAACACUCAUUAGCCAGCAGGCUACUGUGGUGAAGCAGUAGAAACUCCCAAAAGAUCUGAAAUGACCUGGUGCUUUAAAAUGCUUCCCUUAGGUAACCACUGUGAGGUCUAUCACUUACCAGUGAGUACUGCUAAUGGUUCCCUUCUUCAGAAGGAAUUUGUAUUUAGAUUGGACAAAACACUGGUGAGGCUUUGAUGCCACUUUUGUUCUAGGGAAAGAUGAAGACAGACUGUUUAGGUAUUUUCCCUGUGCCUGGGACACUGUUCUAAGCAUUUCUUGGAAAAUCAACUCUUAAAAGUCUUGAGCUCUGCCUGAGAUAGAUAACAAGAGAGAGACAGACUGGUGGGUGGCUUUGGUGGUUGUUUUUUCUAUUAAAUCUGUUAUUUUCAAAUUAGGCAGAGCUGGGUUUUAAAGUUUAUCACCACUGACCCAAAUCAGUGUCUGAACUACCCAGUUACCCACUCUCUUUUUUAAAUCAUUUGUUUGAUUUGAUUCA